AUGCUUUUCAAAUUCUCUCCAGCAGUCGCCUUUGCCGUCUUGGCUACCAUUUCGGAGCUCGAUGUAGUAUCCGCCCACGUUCGUUUUAUCGAAGCCUUUGGAGACUACAGUCUCGUAAGAGGUGUGAAACUGGGUCACGAGGAAGGCAUCGCGGUGAAAAACCACGGAGCCCACCAAAACCCGGGACAAUACGAUGUUGUCACCUUUAGCGAUCCAGUUGUCCCACCCUGCUGUAAAAGUUUUUGGCACAAGCAAAAGAGACAUCGUGUAUGGAUGGAACAGGGUUGCGGCGCCACUCUUAAACGCAUCGAAGAUUACUAUCUGAAAACAAACCAGAUUGUUAAUGGUAAAAUCAUCGCACGACCUCUUAAACCGGCUAGGGGUUAUAAUCACGGCUCCUUCGUGAAUUAUAACUUCUUUCAGGGUCCGGUUCCUAUCGGAGGUUAUGUCCAGACUGGGGCGGAGACGCUUGAGUAUGCGAAGCGAAGGCAGAUCGCUCAGGCUACCCCUGGUGGAUGGAUCCAAAUUACUACGUGGCAAGUUAACGCUGACGGAGCUGGUCCAUUCAGAUGUCGAUUGGAUGAAUCCGGAACCGGUAAAGAGUUCGGCCCCUGGCUCGCAACCGACAUGCAACCAGGUCCAGGCGCCGGCAAGGAGAAAUGGAAGUCCGUUUGGGCCCACGGAAACAACAAGCGCCACACAUUGAGAGUUCGAAUCCCAGGAAAUGUCAAAUGCAUAGCGCAAUACGGCAAUAUGAAGAAUAUUUGUGUAUUGAGAUGUGAAAAUUUCGCAGCGAACGGUCCAUUUGGAGGUUGUGUCCCCUUCCAGGCCAUUUAUCCCGAACCUGAGGUUCAGCCAGCACCUGAGGCGAAGACGGUUACUGUUACUGUUGGACAACCGGAGCCUACGCCCCAAACUGGAGAUUCUGGUAUCGAUAUCGAGAAUACUACUCCAGAAGAUGGCUACUACAAGGUCAAGAGAAAUAUUGACGAUAGCACAAGCGAAAAGGUUAAGCGCAAUGAGGAUGGUGAAGAUAACUAG